AAAAUAUCGGCAGUACUAAGCUCUCUCAUUCAUUCCCUCAGACCUCUCCAGAAAAAGAUCUCCCUUUCGGGGCAAGUCUCCUAUUCCGCCAUGCCCCGCCGUCCUCCUCCUCCGCCGUGGCUGCCUCUCGAGCGCCGGUGACCACCCCGCUCAGCCGUCCCUUGAUGGCAUCCUCCGCCCCGUCCACGUUCCACUGGCAGUACACCGAGCUCCUCGACGACCGGAACUUCCAAAUCCGAGGCCGGACGCUCUUCUACAUCGCGGUCCUCUUCUCCGCCAUCCUCCUAUUCACCCUCCUCUUCCUCUACGCCCGGUGGCUCUGCAACUUCGCCACUUCCUCCUCCUUGCCCGGGUCCCCUUCAGCCACUACGAGGCCAUCCGCUGGCCUGGACCGUGCCGCAAUCGACGGCCUCCCCGUCGUGGUUUUCGACGGAGCUGGGGACGGAAAGAAGCCCCGGGACGACGCCACUGAAGAGACCGAGUGCAGUAUCUGCUUGGGGAUCUUUAAGGACGGGGAGAAGAUAAAGGUUCUCCCGCCGUGUCGGCACUGCUAUCAUUGCGAGUGCGUCGACCGGUGGCUUGCUGCUCAGCCGGUCUGCCCCCUCUGCAGGGCCAAUCUCCGGGCCGACUUGGCCCCUCCCUUAGUGAUUCAGUGAGUCGAGAUCAGGAGUUGACCUUUGACUUGCCCUUUUUUCUUCUAGCGCCGGCAUUAUUUUUUUUGGUGAUAAUUAACUUCGAACUGUGUUGAUUUGGAGAAUUUUGGGUAAAAAAAAGAAAAUUUGGUUGGUUUGAUUCGCGAAAUUGAAUUCGACCGUGAUAAAUUGAGGUUGUUC